AUGGAUACAUCCGAAUUCAAAUGCACAUCCGAAGGAGGACUUAGCGCUCCUGAAGACAGAAUCUCAGAGGUUUCUGCAGGCGGAACUAACGUGAAGGAUCCACAGGACAUAAUCCCAGAGGUUGGUAACACUAUAUUCAAAAAGUGUGAGUUAACUGAACCGGAAGCAGAAUCUGUAUUUGACACGGCAUUUGCCUCUCAUACACCUUGCCAUGUGAAAAAUGAAAUUGAAACUUCACCAAGUGAAGAAAAACAGUCUGUUGAACACCUCAACAGAGCUUCGAGUUCCUCCAAUUCUCUCAUCGGUCUUUCCACAAGGAUAAAAUCGGAAGGAGAAAAUGAAAAUGGAAAUUGGAACGACGAGUUACAUACCAGUAUUGAGAUUAAAACCGAAGACCCUCUUCAGACUGAUAACUUUGAAUGCACACACGUAGAGCAAGAUAGCGAACAAGAUUUUAAAAAUGAGAUUCAAAAUCAUAUUCCAACCACGACAAGUAAACCAUUUACUUGCAGCCAGUGCUCGGCUUGUUUCGCUGGAAAAGGAACUUUAAAACGGCACAUGCGAACGCAUACCGGUGAGAAACCAUUUACUUGCAGCCAUUGCUCGGUCUGCUUCACUCGAAAAGGAAGUUUAAUACAACACAUGCAAACACAUACCGGUGAAAAACCAUUCACUUGCAGCCAUUGCUCGGCUUGUUUCCCUCUAAAAAGAACUUUACAACGGCACGUGCGAACCCAUACCGGUGAGAAACCAUUUACUUGCAGCCAGUGCUCGGCUUGUUUCGCUGGAAAAGGAGAUUUAAAACAACACAUGCGAACACAUACCG